GGGCUGCGAAAAAGGAGGACCUGGUAAGAGAUAUUUAUUUCUAACUAAUGUUAAUAGAAACAUCCGGCUAAUGUCACUUUUAAGAAGAAGCAAGAUGACGGUCCACCGGAUCUUGCCCAUUACAGCGACAUCAUUGAUCAUAACACAUUUGAACAGAUCCUCGAAAUGGAUGAUGACGAAGAGGAGCGAGAUUUCAGUAAGGGGAUUGUUUAUGGAUUCUUCGAACAAGCGGAAUCAACAUUUGAAAAGAUGGAAAAGGCAUUUUCUAAAAAGGACUAUGGUGAUCUCUCCCAAUUGGGACAUUUCCUGAAAGGCUCGUCUGCCACCCUUGGUUUAAUAAAGGUCAGAGAUUCCUGCGAAAAGCUCCAACAUUGCAAAGAAGAAAUUCUCGAGAAGGGCGAGGGCGCCGAAAGGGAAAAGGCCGAUGAAGAUAUCCAGUCUAUUAUUAAGGGGGUGAGGGAAGACUACAAGGAAGUAGCCGCCCUUCUCAGACGAUUUUUUGGCGAGGAGCCUGCCCCCAACGACGAAGAGCCUGAAGCUAAAAGCCCCAAGUCUGAGAAAAAAUAAACAAACAACUACAACAACACACAGCAAAAGCUAAAGCUGAAGAGAAACCUAACUAUCUCCUCCCAUUGAUAGACUUUAUUUUAUACCACCUCUCCACCUAUCUAUUGAUGUUACAUUCCCCCCUAUCAUGUCUUUUCGCUUUCUUUAUCUUUUCCUUGUUCAGGUUUGUGUAGGUGGGUUGGUUGUACAGGGUUGGGCGAGCCCAGCAAAGCAAAAGAUGCGAAUAUCACACAUGGACACUCUCAAUCAAGACAUACACUCACAGACAUAUCUGCUA